AUGACCACCAGGUGGCGUAGGCGCACCUAUCCAAUCCUGGCUGGAAUGGGAGACAGCGUGGGGUCCGACUUCACCUCUUCCCCCGACGGCAGUGAGAAUCUGUCCGAGAUCCCCUUGGCCCAGAAAGAGGUGCCCUUGAUCCUGGAUUGGCAUUCCUGUGUCCUCUGCAGAGGGAAAGGAGAUCCUGACCAAGUGCCUCCCAGUGAGGGCUUUUCCUGGCGGCUCUCACAGGCCCAGGCCAUAGAGGGGCGCCACUUGCUGGCACCUGCCAUAGAGCGCAGCAGUCUGUCCCUAAACUCACUCAGCGAGGCUGAUGGUGCUCGGCCUCCUGGUCCCACGCUGCAGCAUGCUGCCAGAGGGGACAACCUGUCCAGCAGCACGGGUGAGGUCCCCUCCUGGGUGAUAGGGUAUCAGGCUGAUGGCCCUCGGCCCUGGCUGGCUGGCCAGAAGAAAACAGACAAGAAAAGAGAGGAGUCACUGGAGGAAAAGACAAGGAAGCAGAGGUCCCUUGAGGUCACAGGGCAAGGGCUCUCCCGCCCCAAGACACACAUCCCCCGUCCCCAUCCCCGUCCCCAAGAGAGCACCGUGGGCCACAAGGUGCCAGCGUACAGCCACCCAGCAGCCGGUAACCAGCAUCCAGGAACGGCUAGCCUGCCUCUGGCCCCAAUCAGACUCCCUCCCAGCGAGGGCGCCGGCUCUGGGGAUGCCUUACCCCUUACUGUCACCUCAAAGCCAGCAGGCAUUACCCGGCUGCCCACUCGUGGGCCACACCAACCCCAUGGCCCCCAGGACAAAGAUGGGCUCUUCCGACCUAACUGAGGAGCCCUCCCUGGGACCAGCUGCUCUGCCCUUGAGACUGAAUGGGGUGUAGCUGGGAAUGGGAAAUGGAGGGGGCCAGACGGGGAUCACACUGAACAGGAGCUCAGAAGCUCAGAAGGCGGGGGCUCCUGAGACCCAGAAAUUCUGGGGGUGUCUGCCCGACCCUUCCAUGCUUUCAUCCCCAGGGGCGGGAUAAGCCCAAGAGGCACAGCCUCCGCCCUGGACACUGCGGUAUUGCCAAAACCCUGCACCGACCUGUGGCCAGUCUCGGCCCUGGCUGUGGGGGCGGAGCUGUAAGCACCACGGUGCUCCUGGCCCACAGCUGGGGCGGGGGCAUGGUGGAUCCUGGGAGAAGGGACCACCGGCCUUCACGUAGGGUGGGUGGGGCUGGGAAGGGAUCUAGGUUUGCUACUUUGCAAUGGCUUUUUCCCUCUUCCUCUUUACCCCCGUCCUCCCCCCGCCUUCCUUUUUAUUAAUAAAACCCCACUUGUGUUUUCAUGGUUGCGUUGGAAACCAGACCUCGGGACGUCCGUGACUAAGACUGAACCAGCUCCCUUCCUCCUCCCUGCAACGCCCUGCUCUCCUCCUGGCUGGGGAAAGGGUUUUCCUCCAGAUCCAAGGCCCGUCCCCAGGAAAGGCAGGGCUAGAGCAAGGUCCAGUUUGUGUCCCCUUCCCAGCAACCCCCACACUUCCCCAGGCCCCUCCUAGGAGAGAGGCCAGGGUCUUGGGGUGGCACCCACAGAAAACCUCCCAGCUGAGAGGAGGGAGCUGGGCCCUGGAGAUCAGGGCUCAAAAAUUGACCAAUUAAGUCCCCAGCUGCAAGGUGAGAAAACUCCUGCCAGGGGUAGGCACCUUGGCGUCCCGCUGUCCUGUUCCAAGCUGGGGUGGGGCCUCUCAGGGAAAAGCUCAGUGAAGGUCAGGGAACUCUCAGACUUGUGGGGUCUCCCUGGGUGCUCUUCCCUCGGCUGGUGGUUCAUUCAUCCCUCCACCCCUCUGAGCAUCUGCCAGCAAUGAUGGUCCAUGUUACACCCACCAAGAAAGAACCAACCAGAGACCGAUAUUAAAUCCACACAGGAGUUUAUUACCGGCCGGACCUGAGCUGAACAUCAGACUUGAGACCUGAGUGGGGGGAGAUUAACAUACUUUAUACACCUUUGAGGCCAGCAGUUUCUAGGCCCCCUAUGAGAUAGAACUAGCAAAGCAAGCAAAAUGUACAGAAGCGGA